CCACAACUCCACAAUCCUUGUCUUACUUGAGAUCGUCAUCUCGACACGCGUCCAGACCUGGCGACUGAUCAUGAUGCCAAAAGAAAAGUUGCUGCCAUUUUGGAAAGUGAACGUGCCACCAGAGCAAUGGCCUGCCGAGUGUCCUGAUUUCUUGAGCAACGUUAGCGAAAAGGACCAGCGCAUCAUUGGCACGUCAGACGAGGAGUACACGUUGCUGGCCUGGCCAGAAGUGCGGGAACUCGUCAGGGUUGAUCGCGUUGACAAGUUCCACCGCAAGCCAUCAGAGCUGCGACGAUACAGGGCAUUCACGUACCGGUUGGUGAAAGAGUAUGGCAGCAUUAUGAACUUCAUCGUGAACGAGCGGCUGCAUUGGGCGAGCAUGCAACCGAAAGGCAAGCCGUUUGAGUUCGAUGAGGACAUCAGGAUCCUGUACAACGACUGGCCGUAUGGCAUCGACCCAGACAUUGUGCAUCUCGUGGUGUGGACCAAGUUCGAGCUCGAGGACGAUGAGGAGACUGGCCUCUGCACAGCCGAAUCGCGUAAAGAGAUCAACGACUACGUCCAGAAGACGUUCGCAGCCAAGGUCAAGGAGCUCGUGUGGUUCAAGAACUGGAAAAGCCUGAAGAGUGUGCACGCAGUCGAGCACUUCCAUGUCAUGCUCUACAAGCCGGACUGUGAGUUCCUGAAGGAGAUUACCAACGGCGACGUGCCCAUGACAGAAAAGUUUGACUGAGCGUCUGCGACUGCAUUGAUCUGGUAUUCAAGCGAAGCAUUCUAUAGACGUAAGACACCCGGUAUCGGGAUA